GGAAUCGUGAGGCGAUGUUGACUUGUAUUGCGUGUUCAAAGCAACUUAACAAUGGAUCUUUGCAACAAAGGGAGAGAGAAGAGGAUGUUGAUGUUGCUGCUUUGGAGACACCCAGGACUAAGCAGGCCAUCAAGGCUCUCACUGCUCAAUUUCCGCAAAACCCAAAAUUUUGCCCUUUGGCUUUCAUCAAGGGGGUAAACGACGUGGAGGGGCUGCCCGGUUUCUUUUGCAUUGCCACUUGCCGGAAACAAAAACAGUGAAAGAAGAAUUGGAAUUAAUCACCGUGAGAUAUGGGUCUGAUUUACUACCGUGUAGCACAACGAUAAAGGAUAUGGCAGUCAAGGCAUCAGGAGCAUAUAGAAACUGCAAGCCAUGUUCAGGAUCCUCGAACAAUAACAGUAACCGGAACUAUGCCGAGUCUGAUGCUGCCUCAGACUCAGCCAGGUUCCACUGCUCGUAUCGUAGAACAGGAAGUUCCAAUUCGACCCCGAGAAUGUGGGGGAAAGAGAUGGAGGCAAGACUAAAAGGGCUAUCAGGUGGUGAAGGCACACCUGCUUCAGUAAGUGGCCGGACAGAGUCUGUGGCUUUUAUGGAGGAAGAUGAGCCUAAGGAGUGGGUUGCACAAGUUGAGCCAGGCGUGCUCAUCGCUUUUCAUUCAUUGCCUGAUGGUGGUAAUGAUCUGAAGCGGAUUCGAUUCAGUCGUGAAAUGUUCAACAAAUGGCAAGCUCAAAGGUGGUGGGCUGAGAACUAUGACAAGGUCAUGGAAUUAUACAAUGUUCGACAGUUCAAUCAUCAAGCAGUCCCACUUCCAACUCCGCCAAGAUCUGAAGAUGAGAGCUCAAAGCCUGAAUCUGCCAAAGACAGCCCUGUGAUUCCUCCAUUGGGCAAAGGAUGCCCGCACAAUUUCCACCUUCCAACAGGAAUGGAUUAUUCUUCAUCAGAUUCACUUGACCACCACCCAAUGCAAUCCCACCAAUAUUAUGAUCCAGCUGGUCUUGCUUCAACACCAAAGCUCUCUGGCAUUGCUGGGGCUAAAACUGAGACAUCAUCAAUAGAUGGUUCUGUGAGGACUAGUAUGUCAAGAGAGUCUGAUCGCUCAGAAGAACUUUCCAUCAGUAAUGCAAGCGAUAUGGAGACUGAAUGGGUUGAACAGGAUGAACCAGGGGUAUACAUCACUAUCAGAGCUCUGCCUGGAGGCUCUAGGGAGCUUAGACGUGUCAGGUUCAGCCGAGAAAGAUUUGAAGAAACGCAAGCAAGGUUGUGGUGGGAAGAGAACCGAGCCAGGAUACAAGAACAGUACUUGUAGAUUAGCAAACAGAUGAGAUGGUGGUGCUAGGAAAAUGUGUCUACCUUCAACUAUACAAGUAGGCAUUCCAUGGAUCUUGUGAGCUGAAUAGAUGAAGCUUCUUGUAUCACAUGUGCCCAGUCCCAUGUUUUGCUUUAAUAUUUCUUUCUUGAUUCUUUCCUUUCUUCUUCUUCUUUUAUCUGGGUGGAUAAUGUGCCAUUAUUAGGUGGCUUUGGAGUUUGGUGAAUGGGGUGUAGAAAUUAGAUAGUCCAUAGGAAGUGUUAGUUAUGGUUAUGCUAGAUGGUCUUUAGUAAUAUACACUAUCAUUUCGCUCAUAAUUUAAACUGGUCUCAUCAUUUUAGUACUC